CAUUCACCGCUUUCACGAUUCUCACAAUUCACAGAAACACUGCUUCCUCCUUCAAUCCCUAACUAUCUCCUCUCAACUCCGGCACCGUCACCGCUCACCAGGCACCUUCGCAAAACGAAUUCCUAAACCAGAACCAAUUCUACUUGAUUCAAUUCCAGAACUAACUUUCUUGAGAGACAAAUUUGACAAUGCCGAAACAGAAUCAAAGGAAUUUAAGUGGAAAGGUAGCUAUUAAAAGAACUCGAAAAAUUGAUAGGAUUAGUAGCUUACCGGAUUCUUUGCUUUGCCACAUCCUCUCAUUCCUUCCAACAAUAGAAGCCAAGGCCACCGGCGUCCUCUCCCGCCGGUGGCGCCACCUCUGGAAGGAAGUCCCAGUCUUGUACUUUGAGGAUGAUCCCUUUAACCGCCCUGGAUUUUCAGAUGAUGAAAUUGAAGAGUGCUUUGUUGAUUUUGUUGAUAAUGUUGUUGCUCAGCACAAGGUCCCCCACGUUGAAAAGUUCAAACUCGAAUGUAGUGUCUGUGGAGAAGAUACUCUCACAAGGUGGAUUUCCUCAGCUGUUGGACCACACCUCAAGGAGUUAGAUCUCUGUCUUUGUAUCUACCGUGAUGAUUACCCCGAGACUUGCGACUUGCCUCAAAGCGUUUUCACUUGCGCCUCACUCGAGUCCCUCGCUUUGAAGUACCGGAUUUAUCUGUAUUCUCUUCCGGAUGUUUGUCUGCCAUCCCUCAAGAACCUAGAAUUGGAUACCAUCUAUGUGAAUCCUGAGAAGGUUUUAUCUGGUUGUCCUGUUCUUGAAAAUCUUAAGCUAAUUUUAGAGGCCUUUCCCUUAAAUCCUGGUAUUAAUUAUCCUGCAAUCCACAUGCCUCAUUCCUUGAAGAGGUUAACCUUUGCAGAUAAAAGUCGUGAAGACUCUCUUAAGCUUCUUGAAGUAGAUACCCCAUAUCUUGAAUACCUAGAUAUCAAACUCCAGGGGCAUUAUUUAAAUGUUUUGUUUAGCCAUUUUACCAACAUGGUGGAAGCACAGCUUGAUAUUUACCCACAAGAUAAGCAUCUUGAUUGGAUACCUGAGCUUCUCAAAGCACUUCGCAGCACAGAACGUCUAGUGUUGAAACUUGAUACAACAACGUGCUUACUUCGUGCUCCAGCUCUAAAUUAUCCGGAAUUUUGCCGUUUACAUAAUUUAGUGAUUGAUAUUCCAUGUUCGAACUCAGCAUUUCUAAUAAACUUAAUUCAGCAUUGUCCUAUACUUCGAGUUCUCAUAAUUUACAAUCAGAAGGGUGGAUAUUUUUGCUCAGAGAAACAUAGUGAACCUAGCAGUUGGACACCGCCAGCCAACCAUCCUAUUUGUGUUACAUCGAAUCUCAUGAUUCUUGGAUUUUCAGGUUAUCGAGACUCUGCAGAUGAGCGUGCAUUUAUUGCCUAUAUUUUACAAAAAGGACUUGUUUUGGCAAUAAUGAAAGUUCUUAUUAAUGUUGAGCUUCGCCCGAAGAAAACAUAUACAAUUCGCAAGAAAUUAUCUACUCUACCGAGGGGCUCUAAAACAGUCCAUCUUAUAAUUAAGUGACUAAUCAGCACUUAUGUGGUUGAUGGCAACUAUGCACCAUCUUUGGCAAUCCCAAAUCUUUGACUUAUUCAUCUGUUAUGUCACAGAGAGGUUAUAGGAUUUGUUUAAUACUUAGUUGCUGGGGCUGCAUUAGAACGGCAUAUUCCGUUAUAGAAGUUAUGAUAUCUGCCGAGUAAUAUUGUAUUCCUUCGAUGCAUGAUGCUUUUUCUACCUUUUCUUGUUUUUUUCCAUUUACUCUUAAGGUUGUGUACUUCUAAAAGAUGUAUAUUUCAUGUCAUGAUUUGAUAAUUGAGUUUCCUGACUACAACUGAUUUUAUGUAACUCUUGAAGGAAGAAUUACGUUACAUAAUAUAGCAGCCUAGGUUAGGCAGUUGCCAUAUCUGUUUCUUUAUUCUUCAGUGGUGGAGAUAAAUAUGAUCUGAUUUGAGGAAAUUUUCACCAUGUAUAUUUGCAGUCCCUUUUUGCUUCACUUGAAAUGUUUGAUGACUCUAGUCCUUAUCACUCCUUAGUAAUUGAAGACUAUAGUCUUUAGUGAUUGUUUUGCAAUGCCAUGUUUUCUAGUCCAAAAGAA